UCCUCGGCGCCCUGAGCGAGGCAGGCAAGCAGGCUUUGCAUCGCUGCCCCGCCGCUAGAGCCCCCCCCCGCGCAGCGGUUCUGGGAGGGUUAAGGCCGAGAGACCCGCCAGGAUUGAAGGCGAGCUGGUUGGCCGCUUGGAGCUCGCUUGGCGAAGCUCCUCCUUAAGGGCACCCUUGCAACUCUUGGUCCUGUUUCUCUUCAUCCGACCCCCACCCACCAGGUUGCCUGGGCCAUGGAAAAUUCCCCAGAUGUCACUGGGAAUGAAAAAUACUUUGAAGCCAAGUUACAAGAAAGCCGAGUGGUGACUGAAGAAGAAUGGCUAGCGAAAUGGCAAACAAAAAAUAUUGGAUUUCAUAUGGAACAAGGACAUCCUUUUCUGAGGAAGUAUCUGGAUCUUCUACUGAAUGGCAGGAAGGGACUGAAGAUAUUUUUUCCGCUUUGUGGCAAAACCAUUGAAAUGAAAUGGUUAGCUGACCUGGGACACCAUGUCGUUGGUGUGGAAAUUAGUGAGAGUGCCCUGAAGGAGUUUUUCGCUGAACAGAACCUUUCCUUUUCAGAAGAAACUGUUCCACAAAUCCCUGGAGCUAAAUUAUUCAAGAGUACUUCUGGAAAUAUAUCUUUGUAUUGUUGCAGUAUUUAUGAUUUGACCAGCACUGUUACUGGCAAGGUUGAUGGGAUUUGGGACAGGGGCUCCCUAGUAGCUGUUAAUCCUUCUCAAAGAGAACGUUACAGCCAGCUGAUAUUAUCAUUAAUGAACGAAAAGUGUCGUUGUCUUCUAGUUACUUGUUUGUACGAUCCAAGCAAACAUAAAGGUCCACCUUUUUAUGUUUCUGAUUCAGAAGUGAAAAGUUUAUUUGGCAAACACUGUGAAAUUAAGUGUCUUGAAAAAAAAGAUUCCUUAUCAGAACGUCCUAAGCAAUGGGGUUUAGAUUCAUUUUGGGAAGUAAUAUACGUGCUCAUGUUAAAAUAGCCAGAACAUCAAAUCUUCUAAAGUCCCUCAAGGGAAGUCAGUACUAUAUUUUACACAUUAAAUUGUGAAAUAUUGUCAUAUCAGAUUUCUAGAAAACUAUUUUUGAAAUUUCCAUAUAAACAUCACUUGAAAUGUG